UGCGCUAGAUCUCCGUGGUGCAUGCGCGUCGGUGCAGGGAUGUCAGCGUAUUCUGAGAAGAGAUCAUCCCUCGGUGCUGCGUGGUAGAGAGCUGAACAUAGCUGUAGAAGAGAGUGGGGAGAGGAGAAGCGUUCUGUGUAGAGGGAACACCGGGGAAUCGUAAUCAAUGAGGGUGCAAGCAAAAUUAAAAUAGAAGGCGUAUUCCAAACGUUGAAACACCUUUCACGGAAGGGUGAUAAGGGCCAAGGACCGAGAGAAACGUUUUCCCUCAUUUAAUUAUAAUCUGUAAAGGAGCGACAUAUUCCCUUGCAAUCAUGGGGAACCGGGGGAUGGAAGACCUUAUUCCUCUGGUGAAUAAAAUGCAAGAUGCCUUUUCGGCCAUCGGUCAAAAUUCUCAGUUGGACCUGCCUCAAAUUGCUGUGGUUGGCGGGCAGAGUGCAGGGAAAAGCUCGGUGUUGGAGAACUUCGUUGGGAAGGAUUUUCUUCCUCGUGGUUCUGGCAUCGUCACCCGCCGUCCCUUGGUCCUGCAGCUGAUCAACUGUCCCACAGAAUAUGCUGAGUUCCUUCACUGUAAGGGGAAGAAGUUCACAGACUUCGAUGAGGUUCGGGGGGAGAUCGAGGCGGAGACGGACCGCAUCACAGGGCAGAAUAAGGGCAUCUCCCCUGUGCCAAUCAACCUCAGGGUCUACUCCCCACAUGUCCUGAACCUGACUCUGGUGGAUUUGCCGGGGAUGACCAAGGUCCCAGUAGGGGACCAGCCUGCGGACAUUGAGCAGCAGAUCAGAGACAUGUUGUAUCAGUUUGUGACGAAGGACAACUGUCUGCUACUGGCUGUUUCCCCGGCCAACUCUGAUCUGGCCAACUCAGAUGCCCUGAAGAUUGCUAAAGAAGUGGACCCACAAGGUCAGAGGACCAUUGGUGUGAUCACCAAGCUGGAUCUGAUGGACGAGGGGACUGAUGCCCGAGAAAUUCUGGAGAACAAGCUGCUGCCACUGCGAAGAGGUUACAUCGGUGUGGUGAACAGGAGUCAGAAGGACAUUGAUGGGAAGAAGGACAUCACAGCGGCCAUGGCUGCGGAGAGGAAGUUCUUCCUGACCCACCCUGGAUACAGACACCUGGCUGAGCGCAUGGGCACCCCCUACCUACAGAAAACACUCAACCAGCAACUGACCAAUCACAUCCGGGACACUCUGCCGGGGCUGCGGGCCAAGCUGCAGAGCCAGUUGCUGUCUAUAGAGAAGGAAGUGGAGGAGUACAAGAACUUCAGACCUGACGACCCCUCCCGCAAGACCAAGGCCCUGUUGCAGAUGGUGCAGCAGUUCUCAGUGGACUUUGAGAAGCGUAUCGAGGGCUCUGGGGACCAGAUCGACACAGCAGAGUUGUCAGGAGGAGCCCGGAUCAACCGCAUCUUCCACGAGCGCUUCCCCUUUGAGCUGGUCAAGAUGGAGUUUAACGAGAAGGAGCUUCGCAAGGAGAUCAGCUACGCAAUCAAGAACAUCCACGGCAUCAGGACGGGCCUGUUCACUCCUGACCUGGCCUUUGAGGCCAUAGUGAAAAAGCAGAUCCAAAAGCUGAAGGAACCCUCACUGAAGUGUAUAGAUAUGGUAGUGAGCGAACUCACCUCAACCAUACAAAAGUGUAGUGACAAGCUGGCUCAGUACCCCAUGCUGAGGGAGGAGAUGGAGAAGAUUGUCACCCAGCAUAUCCGAGACCGCGAGAGCCGCACCAAGGACCAGGUGAUGCUGCUGAUUGACAUUGAGCUGGCCUACAUGAACACCAACCAUGAGGACUUCAUUGGCUUUGCAAAUGCCCAGCAGAGGAGCAGCCAGGUGGCCCAGAAGAAGCAAACUGGCAGUAAGCAGGAUGAGAUUAUGCCGGAGAGAGGAGCAGUUAAUGAUCGGUUUAAGGUGAUCAGGAAGGGCUGGCUGACCAUCAACAACAUUGGCAUCAUGAAGGGAGGAGCAAAGGAGUACUGGUUCGUCCUGACCGCUGAGUCCCUGUCCUGGUACAAGGACGAUGAGGAGAAAGAGAAGAAGUACAUGCUCCAGGUGGACAACCUGAGGCUGAGGGAUGUGGAGAAGAGCUUCAUGUCCAGCAAGCAGAUCUUUGCCCUGUUCAACACGGAGCAAAGAAAUGUAUAUAAGGACUACCGUCAGCUGGAGUUGGCCUGCGAGAGUCAGGAGGAGAUAGAUGGGUGGAAGGCCUCCUUCCUUAGAGCUGGAGUGUAUCCUGAACGUGUCACGGAGAAGGAGGGCAAGCAGAGUGACAGUGGAGACGGAGAGAAUGGUUCAGAUAACCUCAUGCACUCCAUGGACCCCCAGCUGGAGAGGCAGGUGGAGACCAUCCGCAACCUGGUGGACUCCUACAUGGCCAUCGUCAACAAGACCAUCAGGGACCUCAUGCCCAAGACCAUCAUGUAUCUCAUGAUCAACAAUACCAAGGAGUUCAUCAACGCGGAGCUGCUGGCCAACCUGUACCACUCUGGGGACCAAAACAGCCUGAUGGAGGAGUCCCAGGAGCAGGCCCAUCACCGCGACGAGAUGCUCCGCAUGUACCAUGCCCUGAAAGAGGCCCUGAACAUCAUCGGAGACAUCAGCACCACCACCAUCACUACCGCCAUGCCGCCACCCGUAGACGACUCCUGGCUGAGGCCGGGUGGAAACAACUCCGGGGGCAGGUCUCCAGCUGCCAGUCCCACUCCAAACAGAAGGGCUCCCCCAGGUCCUCCUGGUCGCCCUGUCUCCCGUGGCUCAGCCCCUGGCCUCCCUCCUGGUCCCCCUGUCCCCUCUCGCCCGGGGCCUCCCCGGAUCCUUUUGGUGGGCCACCACCAUCAGUCCCCUCCAGGCCUAACCGUGCACCCCCCGGUGUGCCCAGCCGAAGACCCCCUCCCUCACCAACCCACUAAACUACUGAAGCCCCCCCUCCCCUCCAACCCACCGCCUACCCCAUGGCAGAGAGACCAAGGACUGCAGAGCAACCUACCUACCUAGACCUGACCUAGACCCUUCUUCCUUCUCUACUAAAUGACACAGUCACGUCACACACACACGUAUAAACCCACACCAUACACACACAAACACACUGUAUACCCCCAAUACACAGAAAGGCAUUCACCCUCCACUGCAUAUAAAGGUCAAUUGUUGAUUAGCAUUACAAUACAUUUACACCUGUAAGUAGUCGCACACAUAAAUGGGCAGGGAUAUGCAGCAAAUAUGGGUGAGAUUGUUAAGAAUGCUGUGCUGAAAUAUUUGUCGUUUCUCACCCUCCCCUUCAUAUGGGUAUUUCUCUUCCUCUCAUAUCUGAAUGAUUUCUUCUCUGAUCAUAUUGGAUUUGAUAAUGAUAUUUUUGUGCUGUGUUGAUUCUUUAUUCUAUGUGUUGAUUCUCUCUCGGGAGUAGAUGCAUUAUCCAUCUAUCUAGCAAGGGGGAGCGGAUCAGAAGGGAUAACUGCAUCUGAACAACAGAGUUAUUUUUCUUGUCUUCUGCUAUGAUCGUCAUGAUCCAUACUGGUCCCUAACGUCACAGGCUAGGACACACCUGACAUCGAUGGGAAAGUAGUAACACCUAGAGAAAAUGACCAAUACUGACUGUAAUGUGGUAUCAAUCUCACUGCACUUAGAUUGUGUAUUCUAUUUAUUAUGAUACAUUGAUUAAUGUGACCUUUUAUAUCUAAUAUCACAACAGUGACUCCUAGCCUCUGAGUUUGGGGGAAUGUUCUCUCAUUAGGUUUCAUUCACUUGUUCAUCCUUUGCUUAAUCUGGCUUCAUCAUGUCCUCUUUUUCUAUUUUCUUCCGCCUCUUUUCAAUGAACAGCCGGCCAUGCAAGGGUCGACCCCUGCAUCCUUCUGACAACUAGAAGUCCCCCUUUUUGCCCCUCAGGGCCCCUGACAUCCCCUUCCUCCACCCCCCCCACCACCACCACUCAGCCCCUACACGGUGGAGGGUGAAUCCCCACUGUCCUACACACAAACCAGAAACCUCAGCAACUCUCCAAAACAGCCUCCCUCUAAGCAAGGGAGGAGACGGGGAGUGAAGAGAAAGAGAGAGAAGGAAAAAUCGCCAACCCCUCUAUCUCCCUGUGUCUAUGUGCUACGCCCUUCUGUGGCCACUAGGCCUUGUGUCACUGUGAAGGCCCACUCUUAUGUGUUGUGCUAACCAUGAUGAUGUAUUGUAUUACUGUAUCUGCAUGCAAUGACACAAGUUCAGGUGCUCAGACUAACUGUGAUCUGGUGUAUAUCGGUGUAAACUCGUCCACAACCAGCUCCCCUAGGCACAUGCUGCUUUCUGUGCUUCAACCUCUGUACCGAUGCCACGGGUGCUGGGUAACUCAAAGGUCUCCCGCUAAAAACUGUGGCCCAACAUUGAGCUAGAGUCGUCCGUCUCUCUCCUCCUCUCCCACUUGUCAAUUAACCACUUCCCCACUAGUGAAAAUCAGUACCAUAGCGAGGCGGGAUCUAAAUUGAAAGUGCAAUAUGUUCUUAUUGGACAGCUUAAUGAGAGCUGUCCACCAAUCACACCAGACUCAGAGUAGAUGCUCAGCCUGAGAGGAGGCGAGGAGACAGACAAGGCCCAAAGGGUGCGUCUCAAUACUGUUGAAUUGCAUCAUUUCUCCUUUCCUCAGAAGGAAAGUGAAAAAAAUGUAUGUUGUGUUCAAGAAUGAUAUUUUAAAGUGUUGACCCUGCCCAGGAUUAGGUUUGACUCUCAAAGCAUUUCCAAGACCACUGGCAGGGGAACCUCUGAGAAAUAUGUUGAAUAUCAUUGGAACUGUGUAAUGAGUUAGGGGAUGGGGUGGCACUUUCAAUUUUGGCAUGAUUUAUCAGCUUUUUUCUUUCCUUUUUUCCUUCUUUCCUUUCUCAGUGGUCACGGGGGUGAGUGAGGACAUCAGGUUUAAACCACUAACAACCCAAUCAGUGAUGGUCUAUGCAUAGAACCCUAAACAAACACACGCCUGUACAGUACACCUCUCCCCUUCCAUGUUACUCAUGCGUUCCCAUUGCUGUGUGAGAGAUGUGAGUGGACUCUGUGGUUUGUUGUAUUAUGACCCUGUUGGUGAUAAAAGUACAUGUUGGGCAUGACAACGGUAAAAACUACACUCAUUAGCAUACCCACAAACCCAUUAUAGUAUCUAUAUUGUACUCAGUUCAGACAAACACUCCCCUCCACAACACCCUGGAAUCUUAGCAAAAGUGAAAACAUAACAAAUAGUUUCAUUAUUAUUUAAGAGUAAAUAGGACAUAUCUUACGUGUGUAUAUUGUGUGGUGCAUCUUCUGGAAAUUGUGCUUCCACUUGUCUACAGGUUAGUUGACAAUGUAUGAAUACUGAAUAUUAAAUUAGUAUGAAUAAGUGACUGAGUAUGUGUACAAUGAAACAAACUAAAAACAAACUUGAUAAGUGAAAGUUAUGAUAUCCCUGUUGAUGGAUGUGUUGAGUAUUGGAAGGUUGUUUGAUGAGUAGCAUGUAGAGGAGAAUAAUUUGUCCCUUGUUUCUCGGUCUCUGUCUGGGGAGAGGAAAUGAGAGUGCAGACUGGGCAGAGUGAAUGUGUGUAUUCUAUCCCGCUGUGACAACGUUGUCCUGUAUCUUAUCUUACUGCUGUGGGUGGCAUGAGUCUGUCCAACAGGCUGCGCUUCGCCAACACAUUAAAAGCCAGUGUACCAA